CUAAAGCAUAACUGUAUUAUAAGCUGUCACUACUUCCCUCCUUUUCUUUUAAAAACCAAAAACAAACCCUCUUAACACAUAUUUCAUACUCAUUAAGCGCAAGAUCUUAGGUGCCACAAUACAAGUGCAACACAACAACUAUACACAAAAACCAAAACAAAAGUUUAAUUACAAGAAUCAUGAUGAAUAAGGGAAGAGAAGGCAAAGCAAUAGUACCUUCAACAGAUUUAUUAGUAUGUUUCCCAUCUAGAGCUCAUCUACAUCUAAGGCCCAAGCCCAUUUGCAGCCCAAUUAGGCCUUCUGAGUCUAACAAACACCACCACAACAACCAUCACCAGCGCAAGAGAUCAAUCUCUAGAAUUGGUGGUGGUAGCAGUGGUGGUCAAACUAGUAGUCCUAUGUUAUGGACUAAAAACAAGUCAAUGGGUUCCGAGAAUUCGGAACCAACCUCUCCGAAAGUUACCUGUGCCGGACAGAUCAAAGUGAGACAUAAAAACUCUGCUUGUCGGAGCUGGCAAUCGGUGAUGGAAGAGAUAGAGAAAAUUCAUAACGACAAGAAGCAAAAGAAGCGUCUCAAUUGGGCGGAAUCUCUUGGUUUCAAGAAGGAGAUCAUGCAAUUCUUCACUUGUUUACGGGCCAUACGCUUCGACCUUCGUUGCUUUGGUUCCUUUUCUGGAACCGAUAUUGCAACAGAAGACGAAGAAGAAGAUGGUGAAGAUGAAGAUGAAGAUAAAGAUGAAGAUAAAGAUGAAGUAUAUUAUGAAAAUAAUCACGGCGAUGUAGAAGAGAGCGAUCACAAUGAAGAAGAAGCAUCGAGAACCGUGUUCUCGAAAUGGUUCAUGGUGUUACAAGAGGAACAAAAGAACGAAGUUCACAAAGAAGAAGAAGAGAAGAAGGAAAAUGGUGAUGAGGGAGAAGAAAUAUCGGCGCCUCCUCCGAAUGCAUUAUUGCUCAUGCGUUGUAGGUCUGCUCCGGCGAAAAGUUGGUUGGAAAAAAGUAAAGAAGAAGAAGAAGAAGGUGUUAAUAGUAAUGAUGAAAAAGAAAAGAAUUCACAAAAAGAGAAAGAAAAAGAAGUGAAGAGAAAUGUAAAGAAAGGACAAAGUUUAAAGUCAUUGAUGGAGGAAGAGAAUAGAAAUAAGAAAGAGAAUUUGGUAGUGAUGAGAUACAAUAACUCUGGUUAUUAUGGUAUUUCAACUGAUAUUGCUACAGAGACAUGGAUUGUUGGUGGUUUAACAGAUCCAAUGUCAAGGAGUCGAAGUUGGAAAAGAUGAUCAUUUAAUUUUCUUAUAUGAUUUCAAGCAUUAACUUUUUUUUUUAGUAUUACUAAGGUUGUGUUGUGCCAAAUCUCACAAGAAUACUUUCGUGUGACAACUGUGAAAUUUCAUAUUAAAUUCCCAUUUUUAGCAUAUGAUCAUUUUCAUUACUCUGUACAGAUUUCUGAUUUCCUUUAUAUAAGUACCAUGGAAAGUUAUUUUUAUUAAAGAAUAUAUAUGCACUAUGUACUUGUAUGUA